CCUUGUUAGAAGAUGGCGGCCCCUGCAGCAGGAUCAGGCCUGGGUGGCUCCUCCGCUGUUACCUCCGGGGUCACCGGUGGCUCCGCGGGUGUUGUGGGUCCCAGCACUAGCAGCAGCAGUGUUAACCCUUUCUUGAGCGACUCAGAAGAGGAAGCAGAAGGAGGAGAGGAAGAAGAAGAAGAGGACGACGAGGAGAAGGAUGUGUCCCCCUUGGAUCCUCGCCCGAGCACCCUAACUUCUCCCCGAUGUCUCUCAGAGGACGUUGAACCCCCAAUCCCGCCACCCUCCGGUUCCCGUUUCUGUGUGCCUCCGGGUGAUCCUGGCCGGGUACCGCUGGACGCGGUGGCCGCUCAGCUGCUUCGGGAUCAGCUGCUGCUGACAGCUCUGGAGCUGCACACUGAACUGCUGGAGAGCGGACGAGAACUGCCCCGGCUACGGGAUUAUUUCUCCAACCCCGGCAAUUUCGAGAGACCGACAGCAGGUGCACUGCCUGGGACCAGCAUCAACAACCCCAGUACCGGGGGACAGCUCAACCGAGCUGGCAGCAUAAGCACCCUCGAUUCCCUGGACUUUGCACGGUACUCUGACGAUGGGAACCGGGAGACGGAUGAGCGGGUGGCAGUCCUGGAGUUUGAACUACGGAAAGCCAACGAGACCAUUCAGGCUCUCAGGGUCAACCUCACUCUGGCUUCAGAAAAUGAAAUUCCUUUACAGGAACGAAAAAACUAUAAAUCCAGUCCUGAAAUUCAGGAGCCUAUUAAGCCUCUCGAAAAAAGAGCACUAAAUUUCCUUGUGAACGAGUAUUUAUUGAAAAAUAACAACAAGCUUACUUCAAUCACCUUUUCGGAUGAAAAUGAUGAUCAGGACUUUGAGCUAUGGGAUGAUGUAGGGUUGAACAUUCCAAAGCCUCCUGACCUGUUGCAGCUUUAUCGGAACUAUGGAAGCCACCAUGCGGUGUCAAAAGAUACGGUAGACAUUGCUGUUGAAGUUAGGGAAGAAGAUCUAGAGCCUGCUGUAAUUGUUGAAGAGGUUGCAGAGCCACAAAUCAUAGAGCAGUCUCCCAUAGUGCAAGAACUAGAAAAUAAGAUUAGCAGGUGCAAUAACGAAAAGGCAGCGUUGCUGGGUCAAAUUCAGAAGCUUGAGAGGGAAAUUGAAUCUCUGAAAGCAGUUUCUGUGUCAGAGGAUUUUCCUGCCGUCCUAGCUGUACCCAACAGGCUGCAUAGUCAGGCAUCAGAGGAAAGUGAUCCCUACAUAGACAUCCGAAGCUCAGAUCAGGAUAACAAGUUUGAUAGGACAGAAGAUGACCAGUCUUCUAUGCCAGCAGAAACUGAGACAGACUCCCAUCUUUCUCAAGAGAUUCCUCCGAGCCCGGACAUGGCAAAAAUAAACAAGAAGACAUUCCUGUUUGCACCACCAAGUAGAGAAGGAGUGAAGUUUGAUCAGCCUAAUAGGAAAUUGUCAUCUGCCUUUCUUCAAGCACUGUUGUCUUUUUGUCGAAUGUCAGCAGACAGUCGAUUGGGUUCGGAGGUAUCGCGGAUCUCAGACAGUGAGAAUGAAGUCCUACUAAUGCUUGGCCGCUGCCUUCCUCAUAUUGUCCCAAAUGUGCUUCUUGCAAAGCGAGAGGAGCUGAUACCGCUUAUACUCUGCACAGCCUGCCUCCACCCUGAGCCCAAAGAAAGAGACCAGCUCUUGCAUAUACUGUUCAAUUUAAUUAAGCGGCCCGAUGAUGAACAAAGACAAAUGAUUUUGACUGGAUGCGUGGCAUUUGCCCGUCAUGUUGGACCAACUCGAGUGGAAGCAGAACUUUUACCACAAUGUUGGGAGCAAAUUAAUCAUAAAUAUCCAGAAAGAAGGCUUCUCGUGGCAGAAUCUUGUGGGGACCUGGCUCCUUAUCUCCCUAAGGAGAUUAGGAGCUCACUCGUGCUGUCAAUGCUGCAACAAAUGUUAAUGGAAGAUAAGGCUGACAUGGUACGGGAGGCUGUGAUUAAAAGCCUGGGGAUAAUUAUGGGAUACAUCGAUGAUCCUGACAAAUACCAACAGGGUUUUGAGCUUCUUUUGACUGCUUUAGGCGAUCCUUCAGAAAGGGUUGUGAGUGCCACUCACCAAGUGUUUUUACCAGCCUAUGCUGCAUGGACCAUGGAACUGGGAAACCUUCAAGCUCACCUCAUUCCUACACUCCUCAGCAAAAUUGAAAAACUCCUCAGGGAAGGAGAACACGGACUGGACGAGCAUAAGCUGCACAUGUAUCUGUCUGCCUUGCAAUCCCUUAUUCCUUCGUUAUUUGCAAGUGUGUUACAGAACGCACCGUUUACAAGUAAAGCCAAGCUUCAGGGUGAAAUACAGCAAAUAGAAGUCACUAGGUUUCCCCGACCCGUGUCCCCUCUUCAGGAUGUUGCAACCAUCAUUGGGAGUCGGGAGCAGCUGGCCGUGCUCUUACAGCUGUAUGAUUACCAACUGGAACAUGAAGGGACCACAGGCUGGGAGAGUUUACUCUGGGUCGUUAAUCAACUACUCCCUCAGCUUAUAGAAAUAGUUGGCCGAAUCAAUGUGGGGUCCACAGCCUGUGUUCAUGAGUUUUCAAGGUUUUUCUGGAGACUGUGCAGAACUUUUGGAAAAAUAUUCACAAACACCAAGGUUAAGCCACAGUUCCAGGAAAUCUUAAGACUGUCUGAGGAAAAUAUUGAUUGUGCCGCAGGGAAUGGAGUUCUUACAAAGGCCACAGUUCCUAUUUAUGCAACUGGAGUGCUUACAUGUUAUAAUCAGGAAGAAGACCGUAAACUGCUGGUUGGUUUCCUUGAAGACGUAAUGACCAUGCUUUCAUUAUCACAUGCGUCGCUAGAUAGCUUAAAGGCAUCGUUUGUGGAACUAGGCACAAACCCUGCGUACCACGAGCUGCUGCUAACUGUGCUUUGGUAUGGGGUUGUCCACACGUCGGCACUUGUUAGAUGCACUGCGGCCAGAAUGUUUGAGCUGAUUCUACGAGGCAUGCGUGAAACCUUAGUUGACAAGCGAGUUGCUCCGGCUCUUGUUACCUUGUCCAGUGACCCGGAAUUCUCUGUAAGAAUUGCCACUAUCCCUGCCUUUGGUACAAUAAUGGAGACAGUUACUCAGCGUGAGCUUUUAGAGAGAGUGAAGAUGCAACUGGCUUCAUUUCUGGACGACCCUCAGUAUCAGGAUCAGCACUCCCUGCAGACAGAGAUAAUAAGGACGUUUGGGAGAGUUGGACCAAACGCAGAGCCGAAAUUCCGUGAUGAAUUUGUCCUUCCUCACUUGCACAAGCUAGCUAUGGUCAACAAUCAGCAGUCUGUGGAUUCCAAGAGACUGGACAUUGCCACGUGCUUGUUUGAAGCAUAUAGUGCGCUCUCCUGCUGCUUUAUUUCAGAGGAUAUAUUGGUGAAUCAGUUUUUGCCCGGACUUAGGUGUUUACGAGUUGACAUGGAACAUCUUUCCCCUGAACAUGAGGUUAUUUUAAGCUCCAUGAUAAAAGAAUGUGAACAGAAGGUGGAGAACAAGACGGUCCAAGAGCCCCAAGGUUCCAUGUCCAUUGCUUCAAGCCUUGUGAGCGAAGAUACAAAAACAAAGUUCUUGAACAAAAUGGGUCAGCUGACAACUUCUGGUGCGAUGCUAGCAAAUGUUUUUCAGCGGAAGAAAUAAAUUGCUUUUCCUACCAGCCAAUAAAACACUAAAAUGGACCACAUACUCCUUGGCUCCUCGUACUUGAAGUACUUGCCUUUUUCUUUCUUUACCUGUCUUAUGUUUCUGUAAUAUAUUUUAUCUAAAACUCCAAAGAUAUUUGCACUUCAAUAAAAUAUCAGCAUGUCUGAUUUUUUUUUUUGGAUGGGGGAUUAACUCUGUAGUUUAACAUUUAAAUAGAAUAGUUAGUCUUUACCAUGUCUGUCUGUGUUUGAUUUUUUUUUUAUAUAUAUAUAUAUAUACAUAUACACAUAUAAUAUAUAUAGUGAAAAGUAUUUUUUCUGAUUACAAAAUAACUGUUCACGAUUCUGCUGUACUGCACAAAUUGCAAUGGUACUUAACUAAUUUACAUUUAAAUUAAUUGCCAUGAAGUAAUAAAGUGAAAGAUAGCUAUGUAUUUAAAUUAUGGAAGAAAAAAAAAAAAUUUUUGUUAUUUUUAAAUUAACAAGAAAAGCAGAGACCAGCGCUACCCUGUGCCUUUUUUGGAUUCAAUCCUUGUGGACUACACUGGAGUAAAAGUCAUAUGAAACACUACAGAAUCCAUUUAUAUUUGUGGGUUUAUUGUUUCCAUCAUCUUGUAACCAUGUAUCCCACUACAAAGGUCUGAUUAUUUAUUGCAAGAAUAAAUGAUAUAACAAUUUCUAUGUGCAGUAACGGCACUGGAUCGCAAUGUGCUAAAAUUCAUCAACAUAUUAAUACCUCACUGUUGAAAAAUAUGUGAGUCUCCAGAAUACCUUUUUGUCUCUACAAAUAAACAUCUUGUUUACCUAAAA